AUGCGCAGCCGCCUACUAACAGGCGUUUUUUGGGUCGCUCUUUGCUUGGGACCGUCCCAAGUCCUUGGUGAGUAAUUUUUUGUUUUUUAUAGAUCAGCCGCCUUUCAUUCGAUGUCAGGACGACUGUUCCUUUGGUAUAGAAUUCUUUCCAUUUUUUUUUUUGUUGGAAAAGGUUUUUUUUUUGCGUUUUGGUAUACAGUGGCGCUCAAAAAAAGAAGAAAUUUAGGGGUUUUUUUUAUCUUUUCUUUCCCGAAAGUUUGCCAUAUUAAAUGAUUUUUUAGGUUAGCAUCUCAGAUUUCUCAGACUAGACUACUCAAAUAGGUAUUUUUAUCGCUACUGUUUUUGCUCGUUCAAGCAAAAAAAAAACCUUUUUCUAAAAGCCGUUUUUUGUUUAUUAUUUUUGAUACCUCUGUUUCAUUGGUUUUUUCUGUCCCAUUUUUUUGAAAAUUCUCGCUUUAAAGAACCAAAAAGCGUUUAACGCAGGGUUAGAAAAUUUCUUCACAUUGAAACUAAUCAGUUAGAAGUUUUGAAAGUUUAAAAAAACGGGAAAGAGCCUGAAACAGGAUUUUAAUGUUUGUUUUGCCGAUGCUUUUCCUUUUCGCUUUUCUACACACCUCUAAUUGGCGGGUAAAAUGGAGAAAUGCGAUGUAUCAUAACUGAUUUAUUAUAAUAAUUGGCUCAUUCCGGUUUUUUUACGUGACGUUAUGAGAGAGUUUGGAUCGCGUAGAAGUAAAUAAAAGAAAGUGUUUUUGAAGUAGACAAAAACCUUAAAUAUAAUAAACUUGGAAAGCAAAUGAGAGCGAAAAUGCGAAUCUCGGAUCAGAUCUGCCCGCAGAAAGUCCCGAAAAGCGAGAGCUGACUGUCUUUUUGAGACCCUUUUUCCGAUUUCGACGCGUUUUCAAACACCCGCGCCUUUUGACCCAUUUUUCCGUUGCAAAACCCAUGUCUUUGCGCUGAGGUAAAACAGAGACGAAUUUUCUGGAAGAACAAAUCCGCCUUAGUAAUGGACCAUUGGAAAGAAAAUGAAAGUGAUGAACUUUUGGUGCAAAGUAAAAAAAAAAGUAUUUUUUUUAGUUAAUAAUUGCGCAGAGUUGUGUAGCUCUUUAUCAACUUUUCGCAAAAGAAAUAGUUUUCUUGAUUUUUUUUUGGAAUCUGUGUGCGACAAACGUCUUUAAAUUUCAUUUUUCAAAGAUUUCUCAGCAAGAAAGUUCAUGAUGUAAGAUUUUUUUUUCGCUUUCCUCAAGUACUUAACUAUUGCUAAUUUAUUUUUUCUGCACUUUUUCGAAACUCCGUAGACUUUUUUCUUGAUUUUUUCCUCAAGGAACGGAGAACGCUAUGACCAGAAUUUUGGGGCUAUUAUAGCUUGGCAAAAAUUGCUUUCAAGGUUAAAAAACAAUUGUAAGAAUACCCGUUCUGUUUGAUAAUUGCUGUUGGUUUUUUUUUUCGCACACUUUUUCUUUUAGUGGCAAUUCUUCUUUUUGCUUUGUUUUUAUAUUGUUUUAGAUCAAUUUUGAAUACAUGAAACAUUUUUUGCAAGUUUUAAAUUCGCUUUUUGUCAAAUUGUGUAGGAGCAGACUUGAAGAAUCAAAGUUCAUUUUCUGAGAGCUUUGCGAUCAAAAAAAUCCAUAUAAAUGCGACUUUUCAUUAUUAUGAACGCUGCACUAUCAAAACUUCAAACCAAAAAUCAAAAUUGCCAUUUUUUAAAAUCUUUUUUUAAACAUCGCUAGUUUAUUUGAGUUUCAAGAAUAUUAUGUUUGCAUCUACAAAGCUUUUAAGAAUUCGUUUUUUGAUUGAUCUGAGAUUUAAUUUAAGGUGCGAACCCGUGCCAGGACUACUCCUUACACGACUGCGAUCCUUUGGCCGAGUGCUUUUCCGAACAGCCUGGCUACUUCCAAUGUCAAUGUCCCAAGGGCUUCACCGACCUCAGCACCGACAAACGUUUUCCUGGCCGAAAAUGUGUCAGAGGUAUUUUUCAUUUUCGUUUCUGUGAUUUUUUUUUUUACUUAUACUUUUCCUCCAAGUUCGAAUCAAUAUCUUGCCAUUCAUCAUUUUUAUCUUUUAGUGUGAAUUCUGUAACAAUUUUGGAGAAUUAAGUGAGUAGUUCUCAGCUAUCGCGUCCAGUUUGAUGUUGCACCAAAAACAAGACUUGAUUGAUUUUUUUUCAAAGUUCAACUCAAAAACUAUAGUCUGUCUUUUUUUCGAAAUUUGAAAAUUUCCGUUUUCCUGUAAAAUCAAUGUUAUAUCGAAACAAAGCUGAAGAAAAAAAAAGCUUGAAUCUGUGAAAAAAAGGUUUUCUUUUCGCAUCUUCUUGAAACCGUUCAAUAUUUAUCUGUUUUUCUAUUAGGAUCAUCUUCUCAAUUUGAAAUUUUUAUGAAAUAAUCACUUCGUAUCAAUUUAAUCGUCUUGAAGAUUAACUUCAGUGCCCUUCCAUACCUUUUCUGAAAUUAGGCCAAGUCUUCCCAAAAACAGUUGUCAAAGAGUGGAUUUUCUCUAGAACUGAACGGAUAGGUGAUAGAGAGAAAAGCCUUGCGAAAAAGUUGGUAUUGGGUCAAGGGCGCAACAUUUUUGUUUGAAGAAAAAAAAAGAGAAUUGGAAUGACCGCGCCCUUUGGAUUUCGGAUGGUUUGAAGCGGUUUUCGAGACAGGCCAAUGGGUUGCGAUGGAACGGUUCAAUUCAAAGGCUCCCAUGCCUCUCUUUAUGGCCAAAGGAAAUGGUCCUGGGAAACCGUAGCUAUUGAGUUAUCAGAGAUUGCUCAUCAAACAUUUAAUUUUUCUUUUUUAAUCCGCGAAAAUAAUGUUCAUGUGUGGCUAUUCCAGUAUUUUGAAGAUCAUCGAUCUUCGAGAUAAUUUCGCAGAGAAAGACCUUUUUGAGUACCUUGAAAUUGAGGUGAGAAGUCGAAAAAAACAGCCUCCAUAAAAUUGCCAUGAAAAAAGGCAAAACGAAAUUGACCAGUUCUACUAGAGUUGGUGGAAUUUCGCUUUCAUUCACGCUCCUUGGACAACUUUUCACCAAAAAACGGAAAAAAAAAACCUUUGCGCUUUUCUGUUUGGUCGUUGUAUUCAAACAGGAAAGAUGCGAAAAGUAAAAAGUAAAAAUUUCGAAACUUCAGAUUUGAAAAAUGGGUUUUUUCCAUAGAGAGCAGAUCAACUUGUGAGAUAAAAAUAGGCAGAGUUAUGAAAAAUGCUUGAUUUUUUUCUGGUAUUCUUAAUGGUUCUUGUAACUUUCACGUAUUUUUUUGUGUUAAUUUUCUUUUUUCAACUCGAAAACUCUCUAAGCGGGGCUGAUUAAUCAUAGGAAAAUUCCACAUUUUUUGAUUUUCUAAGAAUUUUAGUAAAUUUAAUUUUCCUAUUGAAACUCAAUUUUUUUUGCCAUUUUCUCUGUUGCGUUCUCUCUAAACAGAACGGCGUGAGAUGUUUUUCGUUGGGCAAAAAACCUUGGAAAUUGCGGUUGAGUGCGGGAACGCGGCGGCAAUACGCCUGGCCAACCAAAGAAAACCUUGAGAACAUGGCUUUAAUCCGCCUGCUGAAGGCCUUUUUUGGCUUGGUCGUGAUUAAUUUGGCCAUCUUUUCAAUUGAUCGUUUUUCGAACGGCGUUCCGUUGCCUUGUUCCUUGAUCUAUGACGGCCUGUGAUUGCGGAAUUAAUUCUAAUGGCCUCUGAAAGAAACUAAUAAAUCUCUCAACGGAUCCUAACAAACAAUAGGUAUUUAUCAUUUUCUGGAAGUAUAUGAACAAGGAGAUUUUUGGAGAAAGGAAAAUUCCGAGUAAAGUCUAUCCAGAAAUCUCAAGUGAAGUUUUUUUAAAGAUAAUUUACUGAUUAGGUAUCUCUACUGGAGCAUAAAAUAUUUGAGUCUUCAUUUUUUAAUUUUUCAAAUUUAUUUCUUCUAUGAGUACCUCUCAUGGAAGAUUCGAAAGAUAUUUUUGUUAUUUAUAUGAACCUAAACUCAAGAUUUAAGACUAAUUUCAGUUAAAUAUGUACUUGGAAUAAAGUUUGUCAGAUAAUUUAUUAGUUUUUUUUUGACGCGGAACUCUAGGAAAUGACCACAAUAAGCAUCUGCUGUAGAUUUCGUAAAGUGCAUACUUUAUUUGACAGUCUUUGCCUGUAAUUGGCGUGUCUUGUGUCCAAGCGUGAUCAGCCAGGCGUGCCCCUUUCUUGUAUAAUUUUGUCGUCCCACGGAAUCAUUAUUCCAACAAGUCUGACGACUGUUCUCAUCAUUAACCCAUGCGUUUGGAGUUGUUGUGAAGCCUGGAAGGUUGUAUAGAAAAAAUACAACGAUUUCUGGGGUUAUCGAAAAGUUUACUUUAUUUAUAGAAAUGGUCGCUAAAGUUACAUGAAAAUUUUUUCAAAAUGUUUCGGGUCAGUGGCAUUUUAGGAGACCUUGAAUUAAUGCUGAAUGAAAAUCCCGUUUCUUUCCCGCUUGAAUUCGUUCCGGCCAAUUAUUCGCUAACGUUUUAAUUAUUCAAGAAACGGCGGAAGACACAAGUUCGAUAGAAUAGUAAGAAUUCGUUAAUCGAUUAUCAAGAACCGAAGCUUGGGAAUGAAAAAAAUAUGGAAACUUUUCACCUUAUAUCCUUCUAAACCACUGGUAAUAGUAACAGUCUGGUAUUUGAACCACACUGCUCGCAACGACUAGGCCGACGUCGGCAGUAGUCGUUGCGAGCAGUGUGAUUAUCCUCUGUAGUAUUCAGACCCUUAUAUACCCUUAUUUGGUCUAAUCAUUCAUGUGUUCUUAUUCAUUAAUUCACAUACUCAACACCUGCACUUUUUCAAGGUGUCUGAGUAGCAGACAUUUUUAUAAGGUCCUCAUAGGACCUUUCAAGUAUUCUCUGCCUCUGAAAACUUUAGCCAAGGUUAUAUUCUAAGGGGAAUUCUGAGGUUUUGAACUGUAAAUUCGUUCAUACUAUCCGAUUACUUCAGUUGAACCAAGUAUGCUGUUUGAUCAGCAGGAUGUGUUGGUGAUAAGCCUCAAAGAAAGUUCCGACUUUCUCGUGUGGUCGACGCCCAGCUUUUGCUUCAGUCGGGGGCGAUUCUUGACGGUCAGGUUUCUCGAGACGACGUUCUCUUGUAAAAACACGAAAAGAACGUUUCGGCCAGCGAGUCCUUAAUGCAUUCUUUUUUUUGCGGCGAAAACCCGCGGGGGAUCGCUAAUGCUAAUCAGCUUCGAUGGGAUUACAACGCUUUAAUAAUAGAUUCCAGGGCCUGUAAAGUUUGUCUCCUGCUGAUUUUGAAUUGUCCUGUGAAGGUUGUUUUUUUGUGAAAAAAAUAGGAAAAUGAAUAGAAAAAGAAGACGGAUGAAAAUUCGAUUGGUCUAAAGUUAGAAAUCUGAAUUCCUAUCACACGGACCUCGUUAUUUUUCGAAAUGAAAAAAACAAAAAAAUUUAAUUUAAAGAAGUGGUCUUCGCAGUUUCUUAUAUUCUUAUUAUUCGAAUUUUCAUAAUCACGGGCAAAGUUCAGAAUGUCUCAAAAAGUCCCUUUAGAAAAAAGGCCUCACAGGCGCGUUUUUUUCUUGACUUUAAAAAGGACCUUUUAAGGAGGAAAAAAGGGGCGGAAAAGAAGGUGAAAAAAAGGAAAUUCCGAGAAAAUUUCGGUUUAACAUUCCUCUAUUUUUAUGUUAACACGACCGCGAGUCCUCUUCCAUCCACCAACACAAAUUCCGAUCUCGAAUUCCAUAUCUUUCCUUAUAAUAAUCUGUGUGUGAAAAACGAACCUUUUUUAUUAGAUUUAAAGUUUAGUUAAUGUUUUGAUUUCGGUUUUUUAGCGGUCGACGAAUGCGCGCUAGGCAGACACACGUGUGACCCUCAUGCCGACUGCAUCGACACCUCCCAAGGAUACACCUGCAAGUGCAGGUUAAUUUCGAAAAAAACUAGUACAAAUGCAUCAUUUCUGUGUUUUCAAUCUGGAAAAGAACUAUUUUACAUCAAAAACUGAAAACUGUUUAGAAAUGGCUGGCAAGACUCUUCGACGGAUCCGCUGCGGAAUCCUGGAAGAAUCUGCAAACGAGGUGAGGCCAUUCAUCUCUCCCAGCGACUACGUUCGCAUCUUUCCCGGCGUUUCUUUUUUAUGACUUGAUCAUUCGUUUUUUUGGCACAUGGGCCAGUCGGCUUACAAGAAAUGCGUGUAUAUAUUUCUUGCUUUCUCUCUCCUUAUUUGGACGGAAGGACUGGUUGGCACGACGAAUACAGAAGACUCACCACACGCAAUCCCGCAAAAAUCGGCUCGGAUUAGUGUCUUUUUCGCCGUCGAUGAUGCAUUCUUGGCUUUGAAAACUAUGACGGCAGCUUCGAAACUGUCUGGGAAAAUGUUUCGUUUUUUUUUAUUCUUGUCACCCAUUAACUUAACGACCGUGUUCGCUUUUCUUUACGAGAAAAUUAAAGGAGAAAAAAAGUCGGACAAUCUUGAUAUAUCGCGACGUGACCGGAACGGACGGCCCAUUUACCCAAAAAACUGAAAUGAAAUAAGGAAACAUGGAAGGUCAACCUAUCAAUUUGUCUCGCCGUUUCGAGAACCGCAAUACUCGUCGAGCGUGCACCUCAAGGCCGUUCUCGCGUCGGUUUAUUUGGAUUGCAGCUGAAAUGGAAUGGAAAAUAGUUUUCAGAAUGCAAUCUGGGAAAUUCGAUAACUUUCGUUUUAAAGCUAAGCUGAUUAGGAAAACUUUUGGAGAGGUGAAGUAGCUCCGAAAUUAAUUCAGUUUCGUUCAGUCAAUAUUUUUAUAAAAUAUAAACGUUUGGUCUUCUUGGACUUACUUUCUUUUUUGCUUCAAAGCCCUUUUUAGAUCUUCGCUAUUUUUUUAAAAUUAAAGCAAAGACCUCGAGAAUGACAACUCAUAUAAGUAGAGAAAUUUUUCGUUGAAAUCGGUUAAAAAAUUGUUUUUUCAAUGAAACCAUUCUACUGGCAUUGGCAAAAAAAGGUUUUUUCCGCAAAUUUGUCCUUCCACAAAAAGAUUGAAACCGAGACGGCGCAAUUUUCUUCAAGUGGCUCAUCCUCGAAACAUCCGACGAACGGCGCCGUGUAUGGACACAAAGGAACGGGAAUCUCGUGUUGCUUUUUUUUUUUUAGAUUUUGAUCUUGCCACUAGAGAACCUAGGAGGUGUUCUUCGGUAAUUUUGUCUCGGGUCUUGUGUAAAUCUGGAAAAAAAUGCUGACCGCGCACAUGCAAGACGAAUGAAAGGUUUUUAAUUCUCGACGGAAUAGGAAAAAAAUUUACCACACUAAAAAAGUUGGUGGGGUUUGAAAUUCAGAUCGAAAAUUUAUCAACCAAUAUAUUCAGAUAAUGUUGAGAGCAAAAUGAAAAUGAAAGAUUGAGCGUGGCACCGGACUGACUAGGGAGUCUGAGGCCUUUUUCAGAGCUGUGAAAACAAAAAAUUGAGCAAGCGCCCGAGAAGACUCAAACUUAAAAUAAAAAGGUUUUACCAUUACAGCUGACAUGUGCUCGAACAUCGACUGCGCGGCAGAAGCCGAGUGCCGCGAGACGCCCAUCGGACCGAUGUGCCAGUGCGUGAGCGGCUUCGUCGACGUCAGUCGCCAGCACGGCCGUCCUUCUGGCCGCGUCUGUCGUCCCGUCGUCAACGAAUGCGCCGAAGGUGUUGCCGUUCUUCUGAAUAAUGAAUAAUGUCUUCUGGCAGGCAAACACGACUGCUCGAAGCACGCCUCCUGCAUCGACACGGCCGACGGCUUUACCUGCCGAUGUUUCGACGACUACAGAGACGAGAGUCCUGAUCCGUUCAAGGCUCCCGGAAAAGUUUGCGUCCGAGGUGGGAUUUCUUCUAUUAUUUCUUCACUCUUUUUUCGAAAAAAGUUUGGUUCUUUGUUGGGAAAAGCUUUCUUCAGUGGUUCUAGGAUCUGAACCUUGAUAGAAACAGGUUCUUUUGGAAAUAGAAUUAUUAGAAAUUUAAAUGGCUCAGUGAUAACUCUCAAGAAUAUUCAAAUAAGGAAACCUUUUAGGCUGAGUUUUGCAUUUUUCAUAUCCACAUAAUAUUUUUUUUUCGAGUAACUGAAAGCUAAGCCCGUUUAGUAAAAGUUAUGAAGAAUUUCGAUGUUCAGCUGCCGUUCCCGACCCGCCAGAAUGCGAAGUGAGCGACCCGAUGAGCUGCGAUCAACGGAAGCAGGAAGUCUGCGUCUUCUUCAACAACACCUACAAGUGCCGAUGCGCCUCUGGAUACUCCCGACUUCCCGACGGCCGCUGUCUGGUCAUCAACGAGUGCGAGACGCCCAAGCUCAACACCUGCGGCAAAAACGCGCAGUGCAUCGAUUUGGUAAGUACAGUACUUUUUGUGCACGUUGUUUUUGAUAGAUUCUUAAUCAAUUAAAGGGAAUUGUAAUUCUUUUUUUGGCUUUCUAUUCUAUCAUCUUUGAAAUUUUUUUGUCGAAAAUCUAUCAACUUUUUGUUGAUAAUUGUCAUAGAGCUUUCAAAGAUGUACAAGAAAGAAAGGGACGAACUUAUGCAUAGUUUUUUUUUUCGUGGAGUUUCAAGAUUACAACUGAUCUAAUGAAUUCUGAGCUGUUUCAGGCCGAGGGCUACACGUGCCAGUGCCGAUCCGGAUUCGCCGACAUUUCUCCGCCUGGACAGCCCGGACGGAUCUGUCGCGCGCGUGUUAAUGAAUGCUCCAAUCGGUGUGGCGAUUAUAAAAUUUGCGAAAAAUGAAGAAUUUUCCAGCGAUAAGUACGGCGUGGAUUGCUCGGAGAAUGCGAUUUGCGUGGACACCGAGGAGUCUUUCACCUGCCAGUGCAGGCCUGGAUUUGCCGACGUUUCUGCUUCUUUCAGUCGCUUGCCAGGUGAACAAUUAGCGUUGAAAACUUUAUUGAAAUUCAGUGAACUAAGAAAAUUCCUUGCAGAUAUAGUGAAAUUAAAUUUAAGUAAGAGAAUUUCAACUCUUUCAGUUUAAUAUUUUUCUAGGCCGAAAGUGUAUCGAAGCUGUCAACGAAUGCUCUUCUCGCAACUUGAAUGACUGCGCUGAGAAUUCUUUCUGUGAAGAUGCCAAGGUUCUUUUUAGUGUAAAUUUUCCAGAAAAAGAUCUUAUUCAUUUUCAGGAGGGCUACAUUUGUACCUGUCGCCCAGGCUACGUCGACACUUCACCAAAUGCUACUCACUAUCCUGGAAGGUUUUUGAAAAGAAAAAACACCGAAAAAAUGGAAAGUUUUUAUAGAAUUUGCACGAAGCCGAUCGAAAAGUUGGACAGAAUCCAGCAAGAGACCUCAUUGCAACUUGAUGGAUGUGAUCCUAAGGUUUACUUAUUUUAAAGCAUCUAUUCAAUUUUGCUUUGUUUUCAGCGCCCGAAAUGCGGACCAAAUGAAGUUUGCCUCGGAUCUCGCGGUUCCUACAGUUGUCAGUGUGCCGAAAAUGCGUUCCGCUACACGGAUGGCAGCUGUAGAGGUAAGUGUGAACGUCUUUUAUUUUCGUGUAAAAUUAAGAAAUUGCUGCUGGAUAAAAGCAUAGAAACAGUUAGGAAAAAUCAAGUCUGAAUUCAAGGUAAUUGAAUUAUACGGGUUUUUUGAAAAAUCACUACUUAAAGAAAUAUAUUCAAUCAACAAAGUUAUUAUUUCUAAAAUUUCAAUGAGGUUCGUGUGAAUAGAUUAUGAUGUUUGGUUCAUACAAAAAAUAAGUCAGGGCUAUCAGUUUGUUGAAAAAAGGAAAAGUUCUGUGAACUCUUCCGUAGAAUUAUAUGAUGUGUUCAGAGAACAACUUCUGAGCACUUUCAAAAGAAAUUAUUCUCCUUCUUUUGCCUCAUCGAACGUGUGUAGGAGAACAUCCCGGUUUUUGACCCAAUUUCGCAAAAAAGUCCAUCAUUUGUUGUCAAAAAGCCGCUGAUGAUUAGUGCGCGGCAAGUCCCUUUUUAUCUUAUCACUCGAUUCCGCGACGGAACUUUUGAGGAUGUCUGUUCCGUGUGUCUCUAAAUGGACGGCUCUGACUUUUAAUGGGUCUGGACCUUGAUCCAAAGAAAGUUACAUGUCGUAAAUAUUUGGGAGAACUGAAUGACUGGAAUGAUUUGAAUGUGGGAAUGACGAACAAAUGAUAUGCUCUGAACUGAGAAAACAAAACAGGGAUGUACAUCUAGAAAGAGGGGAACAUAUUUGAAAAUAGAGUUGAUUAUUGACUUCUACUUGAAAAAAGUUCUAAACAUGGAAUCAAUCGACUUCUCAUUUAUGGAGUCAAGGUUAAGAUUUUCAAAUAGAGUCUUUUUGAAAACCAAAAUAAUCUCAUAGUUUGAUCUAUAUUCUUACCAAGCUUCUUUUUUUCAAUUUCAUUUUUUUGGAUUUUUGUUUUUUUAGUUUUUUUCAGAGCUGCUUGUGAAGUUUGAAGUUUUCAAAACCUAGUCUUAUGGAAAAAAAAAAUUGCAGUGUACUCUGCGUGUUCGAAAAAGAACUCUUGCGACCGGAAUGCCGUGUGCCUCAACCGCUUCGACGACUACACCUGCCAGUGUCGUCCAGGCUUCAUCGACAUUUCCGAGGACAUGUCCAAGCCGGGACGCAAGUGCAAAGAAUGUCAGUUUGGACAUUGACUUAAGAGAAUGACCAAUGGUUAUAAUUGCAGUGGUGAACGAAUGCGCGACGCCUGACAACGAGUGUUCGCCUUUUUCGCGGUGCAUCGACGCGACCAACGGCUACGCCUGUCAGUGUCUCGACGGCUACGUUGACGUCUCCAGCCGGAACAACCUGGCUCCAGGCAGAAGAUGCGUCAACGGUCUGAAUUCCUAACGAAGACGUGGAAUUCAACUCUUCGAUUUCAGCUAGCAACGAAUGCACGGUCUCCUCCUUGAACACAUGCGACGAAAACGCCGACUGCAUCGACGAGCCCGACGGCUACACCUGCCAGUGUUACGCCGGCUUCGUCGACGUCUCUUCCAACGCAAAUCUGCCUCCUGGCCGAGUUUGUACAGUCCAGACGACGUGUCCCAAGCAGAAGACUGACCUCGUCUUCCUCAUCGAUGGCUCCGGCUCCAUCGGCUCCUAUGUCUUCAAGAAUGAGGUCGCUGUUUCAUUCUGGAUAUCGCGUUUACAGUCUCGUUUCUGUAGGUCCUCAGAUUUGUGCGAGAGUUCGUUGAUUUGUUCGAAAUCGGUUUGGAUAAGACGCGUGUUGGGCUCAUUCAAUAUUCUGAUCAGAUUCGCCACGAAUUUGAUUUGGAUCAGUAUACUGACAAGGUAGUCUGAUCUAAUGAGAUGUUGAUAAAUAAGAAGUUAAGAAAUCUGUGCUGCGCGCCAUUACCGACACCCAGUAUCUGACUGGCUUAACAAGGACUGGAGCAGCCAUUCAACACAUGGUUCAGGAGGGAUUCAGCGAAAGACGCGGAGCUCGACCUCAGAGUGCUGAUAUCGCCAGGUACGUAUUUCUUCUCAGUUGAAAGGCCCAGGUUUCGUUAUGAUGGUAGAAAAUUAUUUGACCGGAAAAGAAAUUGUGCUUUAACACUAACUUUUUCUAAGGGCAAGAUAUGGUAAUUAUCAACCUUUGUUUGAAAUUUUCAUUUUUCACAAGAGGAAUUUAUUCGAUGAUCUAUCGAUGUUCAGAGUUGCCAUUGUUCUGACCGACGGCAGGUCGCAGGACAACGUCACCGGUCCGGCAGAAGCCGCGCGACGUCUGAAAAUCAACACAUUCGCUAUCGGUGUGACGGAUCACGUCUUGGCGAGCGAAUUGGAAUCAAUUUCUGGCUCACCCAGCCGUUGGUUCUACGUCGACAAGUUCAAAGUCCGACUUCCAAGAACUCCUGCAAAGAAAAUCUUCCCUUUGUUUUAGGACUUGGACACGAGACUUCGAUCGAUGAUCCAGAAGGCCGCCUGUCCUUCGCCAGUCAAACAGGAAACGGCUCCUGAAGGAACUUGCAACGUCCGAACCCAGACUGGCUGCGACAGAACUCUCAACGAAAUUUGCAUCGACGAGAGUGGAAGGUGAUUGCAACGAAUAGAUAAUUAUGAAUCAUAUAGAUUCUCUACUCAAUACUUAGGAUCAACAAUUAUGAAAACUCGAUGAAGAAUGGAGCCUCACUGAUUUUUCACAAAAGCUCAAAGACGUUGGGAGCUUUCAGAACUCGCUGCACGUGUCCCGAAGGCUUCAGCCGACACCCGACGACGCGAGUCUGCGGCGGUUCUCUCUGCAACCCUCAACUGAUCACUUCCUGCAUCUUCCCCGAAGAAUGCCUCGUCACGCCUUACCACAACUACCGUUGCGCGUGUCCUGAAGGCUACAAUCGCGACUAUCGCAGCGGAUUCUGUGGUUUCCCAUGACUGAGGGUCUCAAAACGAAAACUUUGUUACAGUAUCCAUCAAAGAGGUGCACAUCGCGCCGCAGCAGGACGCCGACUGCCACAAUGGAGGAGCCCGCUGUGGCCCCAACGAACAGUGUGUCAGCGACGGUGGACAGUGGUCCGUUCUUUCAUUUUACUCUUUCAGAAUUAUUUCGAGAACUUCUCAGCAUAACUAUAUAGCUCAUUAAAACUGAUAUCGUUCAAUAGCUCGAUAUUUUCAUUAAAUUAGGAAUUGAAAAUCGAAUUUUGCUUUUAUUUUUUGCUUGCUUUAUGAAGAAGAAAAAUACUUUUAAAUAAGCUGCAAAGACUUGUUUCAAGGUACUGUCAAUGCCAAACUGGUUUUGAAAGAAGUCGCUCCACUGGACAGUGUACUUAUCCUGGUGAGUCUUGCCUACAAGGACUCAAAAUAUGUUACUUAUACUAAGGCUCAUGCGUUCCAUCGGAGCCUUUCUCGUGCGACGUCAGGAAGAAUGAAAAGUGCCUUCCGCACAACGGCUUCUACACUUGCCAGUGUGGCAGAAAUGAACGUCGUCAUCCGGUGACUGGCAUUUGCUGUGAGUUUUGAAAGAAUUUUGCUGAAGUGUUGAUAAAAAAACAAUUUGCUACAAAUUUUAUCAAUUCUCUUCCUAGGAGGAGAUUCCACGUAAUGGAUAUCGCCGUGAACUUAUUAUUUCAGAGAUUUCAAUUUUCAAACUUUCGAAAUACUGGUUCCAGACGUAAUUUUUUGGUAGUUGCGAAUUUUGAAAUUUCAUACCUUUAAAACUAAAAUUUGGCGCAGAUAGGCCGGCCAGCAGAGAGUAUUUGAUUAUGCUUAGAUAAAUUUCCUUACCUCAACCUGGUAAGCUAAGAAUAUUCCUAUCUGAAAUUAUCCUGUCGCAAUGGAAAAGAAAUUUUUAGCUGUAGAAUCUUUUCUGAAACAAUUUAUAACAAUUUCUAGUGAAAAACGAAUGUCUGACCGGCGAGAACGAUUGUGACCGAUCGGCACGUUGUAUCGAUACCGAUGAUGGGUGAGGAUAUUUCAAAAUGUUUCCCAUAAUCCCCUGAUUUGAGAUAUCUUUGCGCCUGUCCCUCCGGCUUCAUCGAUCAUUCGCCUGACCCUGUGUCCAAACCAGGAAGGUUGUGCGUGGCUCAGCAGAACGAGUGUCUCGAUGGAACCAACAGGUUAUUAUGCAACUUUUCGCAAUUGAUAAUUAAAAUUGUUUUUCUCGCUUCGAUGUAGGGAAAUGGCACAAUGAGAAAGCAAAAAAGGUUUUUUGAGUUUUUAGGAGAAAUUAGGUGGUUUGAACACUGGUCUCAAGAAAGAUCAAAAAAUGGGGGCGAUAUAAAAUCACUUGUUUCUGCUUAUUUUUUUUUAAUGAUUUGUAUGUAGUGGAACUAUGGGAAAACUAAAAAAGUUAAUUUCACUGAUUCAGAUGCUCUCCCAAUGCGCUCUGUACAGACACUGAAUCCGGCUACGUUUGUCGGUGCAAGCCUGGAUUCGUCGACUAUUCGCCAAACCCUCAAACGUACUUGGCUCUCGCUGAAAUCUCUGAAAAAGAUAAUUUCUGCAGAUUCCCUGGAAUGGUUUGCAAAGAAUUGGUCAACGAAUGUCUGUUCCCACAUUUGAACGACUGCGACCGCAACGCCCAUUGUAUUGAUAGCAUCGAAGUCUGUUUCCUGCGAUUUCUCGAGAAUAAAUGGCUUUCCUAGGGCUACACCUGUGUUUGCAAGGCUGACUUCACGGAUAUGGACGAGUUCCGCAAUCCUGGACGUCGGUGUCAGAAAGGUUUUCCGAAGAUCUUUUCCAGGAAAAGCUGAUUAUUUCAGUCAAAACAAAUGAUAGAUGCUCAAUUGGAAGGAACGAUUGUGAUCGAAAUGCUCGUUGCAUCCAAAUUGGUCAGUUUUAAAACAAGUACUUUAAUAAAUUGUCUUGAAUUUAUGAAAAUCAAGGAAACUUCUCUUGCAUUCUUUUAUUGGUAUUGUCUCUCAAAAUAAAAGAACGACUCCAGGAGACGAUGACUACUCUUGCGCAUGUCCACCAGGCUUCAAAGACAAGUCGCCAAGUGCUGCGAGCCCCGGCCGCGUCUGCAUCCCCGUCAUUCCGGAGUGCGACAAUCCGACGCUCAACGACUGCGACUCGCCGGACCGCGCCGUCUGCACGGACACCGACGACGGCUACAUGUGUCGCUGUCGCCAAGGCUUUCUCGACAUCUCUCCCAACAUCAAUGUCAAGCCGGGUCGUCUUUGCAAACCGCGUAUGUUUUAGAGAAUUCUCAUCACAGCAGCCUUCCGGCUUCGCAAACCAUCCGGCUUGUGCGUCAGGCCGGGCGGCCCGGAUUCCGAAAAAAAAAAAUUUGAAAUUUCAUUGCAAAAAUGUUUACCGAAAAAUUCUUUUUACUUUAAAAUCAGUUUUUUUUGAACUCUAAGUGAAAAAAAUAAGCAAUAACGUGACUUCUGUCGUAAAAACUUGAUAUUCGAAUAGAAAAAAUUGCGCUUUUUGGGCUGGCCAUUUUUUCUUGAGGCCGGGCCGGGGGCCGAGAAGCUUACAGGCCGGCCCUAGCACAAGCCUGCAAAUCAUAGAAUGAAAUUUUGCAAACGUCAAAUGGAGUUUUCGUGCUAUAACUUUUUUUAAACGGUUUUUUGCACAGAAAAUAAUGCAAAUUUUAUUAAUAUUCAUCUUGCUGACAAGAAAGUAACUUCAUCUGAGCAGGUGUGUAAUAAAAGACAAUUUGAAAACAUUUCCUAAAAUAUCUCUUUUCAGUUCAAAACGAGUGCGCCCUGGGUAUCGACGAUUGCGCCAGAGACGGAGGUUAACUCAGCUUUUCAUUUUUGAUAGCGAUGAUAUUUUUCUAGGAAUCUGCGAGGACACUCCGGACUCUUUCUCUUGUCGCUGCGCGAUGAACUACUUGGACGUUUCCUUCGACAGGACCAAUCGUCCCGGAAGAAAAUGCAAACGACUCAUCAAUGAGUGCUCCACGGGACAGAACGACUGCUCCAGGGAAGCCGUCUGCACGGAUACAGGUGCUUCGAGCCCUUUUGGGACGAUUUCCGAGUGUCCAUUCUUCAGAAGACAGUUACAUCUGCGCUUGUCCUCAGAGCUACAUCGACCUCUCGCCGGACACCAUCAACAGGCCUGGACGACGCUGCUUGCUCAGUUCGUUUUCAUCCGGAAGUUGUCUUCAGGAAUGCUUUCAGGAAUCAACGAAUGCUCGUCGAAUCGUCACGAUUGCUCUCCGAACGCUGAUUGCAUCGAUACCAACGAAUCUUUCAAGUGCCGGUAAGUAGAAAAGAAAAUUCAGAAGGGCUUUCAAUCGGGGUUGCACGAGAUUUGAUCUAGUCUCGGUUCCAAAAAAUCACUUUUUGUGCAAUCCUGCUUUGAACUGAGAGCGAUUGAAAAAUUUUGUCAGAAAAAUCUUACGAGGAGAUUGAUUAUAUCAAUAAGAAGAUUAAGGUCCACUGGUUGUGGUAAUUUUUAUUGUUGCAAAAAAAGUUCUGUCUGUUUAUAGGUCUUAAAUCAUGCGAUUUUUACUAAUUUUUCGAGAGUUAUCAUCAACGAUUUUUAGCGAAAUGUCAAGAUUUGCAGCGGUAUUAAUUUUUAAUAUCUUUUUGAAAAUUUUAAAUUUAAUAAAAAAUUGUUUCCUGAUCAUAAUUGAUUGAAUCAGUGUACAGCCGCUAGAAAACUCUAGUUUUCGUGAUUCAACUAGACUCCCAAAACAUCACUCCGUGAUUUAACGACUUUUUUUCAGUUGCCGUGACGAUUUUGUUGACGAGAGCCCAGAUAUCGCGAGAAGACCGGGAAGAAUCUGCCGUCCAGCUCUCGUCGACGAAUGCCGGACCGGAAAGCACGACUGUCAUUCUGACGCCAUCUGCCAGGUUAGUCUAUUGGAAGUUUUCGAGAGAAAAAAAAAUGAUUGGAUCUAUUUGAGGACCUUCCCCAAGGGUACACGUGCCAGUGUCGCAGCGACUUCUUGGACAUGUCUCCGCAUCGGGCGACGCAUCCAGGUCGUCUCUGUUCGUCGCGUCCGACGCCGCCGCCGCCAGAAUGCCGACUCGACGGCCCCAACCAGUGCAAAGUCCAUCUCAAUGAGGUGGAACUUCACUCAUUUUCCAAUUGAAAAUGCUCAACGUUUCCAGGUCUGUCGAUUGGUCGUCGGCGAGCCAAAAUGCUCUUGUCCCAUCAACUACCAACGAGACGCGGGUGGCGUCUGCUCUGGUAAUAAGAUCCUGAACGUUUUCAAGUUGAGCAUUUUGCUUACAGUUAUCAACGAAUGCUUGUUCCCGCAAUUGAACGACUGCCACACUUCGGCUGAGUGUAUCGAUCAGGUAGAAUUUCAGUUCAAAUAUAUUUGGCGGAGUUUUGAAGAAUAUUGUUGGAAAAAAUAUUACCUUUGUUUACGAACGAGUAAACUUUCGGUUUGGUAAUGUCGCGACUCUUUUUUCCUUGUGUAGAACUAAAUUCUAUGAUUCCGCACAAUGAUAGAUAGGUAUAUCGUUCAACUUCUAACUAGAUAGCUUUUUCGAAGUUCAAGAAAAAAGUGAUAACCACACGGCAGUUUUUUUCAAAAGAUAUGAAUUUGUGUUCAGACACAAGGCUACACGUGCAGAUGUCGCAGUGGAUUCAAAGAUAUGGGUGAUGGAAAUCGGCCAGGUCGCAUGUGCAAGCCAAGUGGGACAAAAGUCUUGGAAUCAGAGUUUUGAUAUCGAUUUUCCAGUGGUCAAUGAGUGUCAGUUCCCUCAUCUGAACGACUGCCAUCAGAACGCUCAGUGCAUCGAUUUGGAGGAAGGCUACGAGUGCAAGUCCGUUUUUUUCCUUUCAAAGAUUUCGGGGAAUACUAUUGCGUUUCAAAUAAUCACCAAAAAUUUAUUUGAAAAAAGUUUCCUUUCAAGUGAGGUGGUCAGUGACUAAGUUAGUGUUAAACUUAUCUUUUCAACUCCAAUCAUUUAGUUUUUCAACUUUACUUCGAAACUUUCAAGUUCACUCCAGCGAGCUGUUCAUUCACCUUUUUUUGAAUUUUAAUUCAAGAACUCAACUAGUGAAUUUUUUUAACAACUCAUUUAGCAUCUCUUAUUCUCAGGUGCAAUCAAGGAUUUAUGGACCGAUCUCACGGCCGACCUGGAAGAAUCUGCAAGCAAAUGGUGGACGAGUGCUCCCGACCUUCCCUCAAUUCCUGCGAUCGAAAUGCUCGGUUGAAACCUUCUUCUUCUUUUUUUAGAUUUGACUCGUGAUUUCCAGUUGUUUCGACGAAGAGGAAGGCUACAGAUGCGAGUGCCGCGACGGCUUCAUCGACGUUUCUCCCUCACCGACCCUCAAAGGACGCGCCUGCCGACAACGUUUUUACGCCUUCUGUAUCCAUUUCUGAUUUCUGAUUUUCAGUUGUGAAUGAAUGCGCGAAUGCGCGACUCAACGACUGCGAUAGGAAUGCGAGAUGCAAGGACACGACGGACUCGUACGAGUGCGAGUGUCCUCCCAACUCCAAGGAUAUUUCUCCCAGCUCUUCGUUCCCUGGACGCGUUUGUCUUCAAUGUCAGUGAAAAAAAAAAUUGUUUUUAAUAGUUUUUGGGGUUUAUCAGGUCGAAAAUAUAAAUAGACAGGCUAGAGAUGAAAAAACGAACAUCUAAGAACGGCUAAUAACAUCUACGAAUCGCAAGAGAAUUUCAAAAUUUCGGAAAAGCAAUUUUUUAGGCGCAUAAUUUGACCCUUGAUGGUUUGGAAUUUUCUGAAAAUUUUUGCCACAUAAAACUGUUUUGAGUGGAGCUUAUCUCAGCUCAAAGAUCAAAACCAUUUUUUCGACGGAAACAGAGCUACCAUUUUUUAAAAAACCAUUCCAGUCAUCAACGAAUGCGAGACGGGAGCCCAUGACUGCGAUCCCAACGCCAACUGCCGCGACAACGAACAAUCCUUCACCUGCGAGUGUCCUGCCGGAUUCGUCGACCGGUCUCCUAAUAAGCUUCAUCGCGCUGGCCGCGUCUGCGUCAAAUUGGUGAGGACCUGGAGUCUUACUCCAGACGAUGAUCCUUGGAUUACCAGGUUGACGAAUGCCGCGAAGGACGUCACACAUGUAGUGCUCAAGCCGAUUGUCGUGACCUGGAAGAAGGCUACACCUGCGAGUGCAAGGAAGGCUUCGUCGAUCGCUCUCCGAACCUCGCCUCUCAACCUGGACGAGUUUGCUCAGCCCCUGGUUAGACUUCCUAUCUCUUUCUUUUGAUCAAAAGACAACUUCAGAAGUUUGCCCCUCUAACCACGAUUGCUCGUCGGCUGCCGUUUGCGAGCCUCUCGGUGGAAUGAAGUACGAAUGCACCUGUAUCCAAGGAUACGUCGAUCAGUCUCCGUCCGGACAGAAAGGACGUGUCUGCGUCAGAAGUAUGUCCAUUUUCGGUUGAGCAAUCAAGAUCUGAGCCCUUCCAGACAACGCCUGCCGCGACCCUCGUCUGAAUACCUGCUCCCGCAACGCCAUCUGCUACGACGAAGCUCGCGGCUACAGAUGCGAAUGUCAACGAGGGUUCAUCGACAGGUCUCCUGACCAAAACCAACGAGGCAGAGUCUGUGAACCACCGCCACCUCCGACUCCACCGCCACGUGAGUAGAAAAGAAAACAUAAAUUUUUCUCUAGUUGUUCCAAAAACAUUCGGGGAACAAUGAAAAAAACGGGUCCGUAGUUCAGAAAGAAGUUACGAGCAAAAAAUAACAAAAAAACUCGAAGAAGCUAUUAUAGCAAAUUUAGAAAUGAAGAUUUCCACGUCAAAAAACCUUUUACACGGAAUAUUAUGGAUUUUGAGGUUUUCUUUCUUCAGGUCAUCCAUGUCAAGAUCCGGAACGCAACGACUGUCAUCCCGCUGGAACAUGCCGAGCAACCGGAGCUCAGUCCUACACUUGCGAAUGUCUGCAAGGCUACGCCGACCGCUCUCCGGACGUCAGAAGCAAGCCUGGACGCAUCUGUGUCCUCACGGAGCCAGUUUGUCUUGAUCCAAGGUGAUUUGGAUGAAAAGUUCGUCUUUGAAUGAUAUUUUCAGUCAAAACGACUGCCACGCCGCGGCCAUCUGCAGCGAGGUCGAAGGACCAGAAAAGUACACUUGUCGGUGCCGCGACGGCUACACCGAUCAGUCUCCCGACCGCAACCGCCGGCCUGGCAGAAUCUGCAAAGAAUUGGUCUGUUUGAAGAGGAGGAAAGACAUGGAAAAGGUAAAUUCUUGCAGAUGAACGAAUGCUUGGACCGUUCCCUCAACGACUGUCACACUCUGGCCAUGUGCCAAGAUAUGCCAGAAGGCUACACUUGCAAGUGUCCUGUCAACUCCAGAGACCAGUCUCCAGAUCCUCGUCGUCCUGGCCGCAUCUGUCAGUACUUGCCGGGGGAACUCGAAGUAACUCGGAGAAUUUCAGGCGUCCAGCAGGUCGACGAGUGCUCGAACCCGUCCCUCAACAGCUGCUCUCGCUUCGCCGACUGCAUCGACAAGGAACACGGCUACGACUGUCGCUGCCGUUCCGGAUAUCACGACGAUAAUCCGGCCAAUCCUGGACGCCAGUGUUCUUACAGUAUGACGAAGAACCGAGGAAUACUCAGCCAUUGCAAAUGUUCCAGUGCUGAAUGAAUGCGACUCGCCGAACCUGAACGACUGCGACCGAAACGCCAUCUGUCGGGACACGCCUGGGGGCUACGAAUGCUCCUGCAAGCCGCCUUUCAAGGACGAAGGUCUUCCCGGUGAGUUCGGAAACGGGAAAUAGCAACAUUCAAAAUUAUCUGUCGAUUGGAAUUUUUUCGGUGGAAACUCUUUUUGUUUUUUUUUUGAACUGAGCUGUUAUAUUGUCUGAAACAGGCAUUUUAUGCAAAAAAUUAGACAAAAUUCUCCAAUCGUUUGUAGUUCUAUGCAAUCUAUGAAACGAAUUCGUUCAAAAAAGUUCAACCACCGCUUGGAUUAUUUUUUCUAACCAAAAUUUCCUCCCAAAACGGAAUCUUUUGUCAGUAAUAUUUUGAGAAAACAAGAUGUGGGAGAUGUAUCACUUCAAUGGACACUCCAAAGUUUCGAAAAAAAAAACUUUUCUACUUUUAAUAUUCACAAACCACGAGAGUUAGAAAUAAUGAGAAUUCGGAAACCAUGAAGAAAUUCUUUUUAGGCCCAGCUGGUCGGAUUUGUCGCCUGAAUGAAUGCCGCGACGCCAACUUGAACAACUGCGAUCAGAAUGCUGACUGCCGGUAAAAUAAUAAAAUCCAUCAUAACUGAAAUUGAGUAAAAGAAAAAACGAUGGAGGAAUCUCAAAAAAAACUGGUGGUUGAUCAAAACCAAUUUCAAUUUCAGUGAUUUGGAAAAUGGGUACACUUGCGUUUGCCGGCAUGGAUUCUACGACCAAUCUCCAAAUCCUGCAGAACCUGGACGAGUUUGUCUUGAGUUUGUGGUGAGAAAAACGAAAAUCAAACAUUUGUAUUCGAAUAAACUCAGGUUGAGCAAAAGGUGGAAAGAGUGACUCAGCAACCGGUGCAGACGCAUCCUCUAUCUGACGGCCUUCCGUGUGGCCGCGACCAUUGCCACGUCGGCCGUGGAGAGGUCUGCAUCAGUGGCGAGUACUGCGGGUGUCGUCCGGGAGAGAGCCGAUCCGCCAGCACUGGAAGGUUUGCUUAGAUACCUCGGCAGACUAGAGAAAAGUUGUCCAACUUAUUCUUGAAGUUUAUCAUACUCAAAGUAUUCAAUUUCACUCAUACUAAUGGGAAGGAGCUUCUUUUCUUUCCCGGAUCAUCAAGUUCAUGUUUAGAUGCCAAGCUGUGGACGAAACUCCGAUGCAGAUUCGUGUGGUGACACGAGACCAAAAGCCAGUCAUGUAUUCCAGCGAGUUCGGAUCUGCCAAGAACCCAUCUUACGUCGAAAUCGUGGAGCUUUUUCCAGGUCGACUUACUUAGAUGAAUUUUAUUUUUCAGAAGAACAUGGCCAGAACCUUUGGAGGAACAAUUUACGCGCCCAGAUAUGUCAACACUAAAGUUGAUUAUAUUACUCAUCCAAAGACCAUCAACAGGUAAAGUUUCUCAUUAUUUCUGAGGGCAUAAUAAACUUUUCAGCUCAUGGGAUCAAGGUCUCCUGUUCAAAUAUGAAGUUCAAACGACUAAAUCUUCGAAUCAGCCGAUCGACGAAUGCGAACUGUGGAAGCAGAUGAUGGCCUCCUUGCAGAGAACCAACGGAGCUAUCGGUUUCAUUCAGUGAAUCUUUGAUCUAACUUCUUUUUUUGUGCAUAGGCGGUGGAUCUCUUCGAGUCGCCAGCGACAGCGAAAAUCUCAAUCCUUGCAAGCAGGCUGAACCCGUCGGCGAAUGCGGCGGAAUCAGCUGCAACGAACGUCUUGGCGAGGUACCACAGAUUCGUUUUGAAAAACUAAUUGCUCAGAAUCGACUGAAAAAUCCAGUGUUCAAUUAGUCUAUUUGAGAUUGUUUCUAACUCAAAAAAACUAUCCUAAAACCUUUCAAAGAUCAAAAAAAUAGUUAAAUUAAGCUUCUGAAAAUUUUUCCUGAAGGCCUCAAAACCUUUUUUUCAAUACUUAUAAGAAGAUUUAAGCCAGCGAUUCUAAACUUCAUCUCUUUUUCAAAAAAAAUAAUUUUUGGAGUUGAGAAAAUUUAGAAAAAAUAUCCAGUUUCAAAGAAACUUCUACUGUACUUACAAAAUAUACAUACAUCGACUUUCCAACUAUUCUUUUUCACACUUCUGUACGAAUAUUUGUUCCAGAUUUGCAUUGCUGGCCAUAUUUGCGGUUGUCCGGAGGGAAUGAAGCGCGCCAAGAGCACAGACGAAUGUCGCGUCGUCGAAUCGUGGUCCGUUCCUCUGUACGUCGUCCGCGACCACAACAAGAACAUCGUCUAUGACGAGAGUGUCGCCAAUCCUCUCAAUCCUGUCUACAAGGUUUUCUCGUCUUCUAGGAUAGCUCAUAUCUUCGGAAUCCAGAAAUACGUCCAACGUCUGGAAGAAGGAAUCGGAGGCUGCUACCCUCACACGGAGCUGCGCAACGCCUUCGUCUCUGCAGAAGUCAACGACGUCGUCAAUCCUGUUCUCGUCAACGCCUCCUACGAUUCUGGACUCCUCUUCAACACUACAGUUCAUUUCCGAAAAGGUAUUAAAGGAAAAUGAGAAGAAUGGAGUCUGGAAUCUACCUGCUUCAGGCAUGGUGAGAGUCCCUUCGGACGCCUACUACCAACUCGUGCGGUACAUUGUCGACAAAAACGACAACGAAGUCGGCGAGUCUGACCUCUACCUGAGUCCCAAUCAGCCGGACCCCUUCCGCCCUUGCUUCAAGGUUUCAUUGAGAAGCUCUUUGGUUCAUGGAGAUUGAUUCAGAAUGAGUGUGAUCCCCAUGGAAAGUGCAUCGAAACUUCAAAAUACAACUAUCGUUGCGAGUGCGGCCCAGGCUUCAGGUUUUUUGUUUCAAAGAAGUCCAAGUAACAAAUUAUGCAAAUUCAGAGAUCUCAACCCUACCAAUCCUGGCCGCAAAUGCCUACCGACAAACGGGUUUAAUGAAUGUGAACGAAAGGUUUUUUUCAGUUUUUAAAAUGAAUAAAUGAGGGUUAUGAGACAUAGAAGCCUUGGAAAUAUUUUUCUUUCGUUUCCACCGGUCUAUUCGAAAUUGCAAAGAAUUUCGAUGUUUCCUUGGUUCAUCUCAAACCCCAUCUUUUAUUUUGAGAAAAAAAUAUAUGGAAUAAGCGUUUAGGAAGACAACGAAUGCUCGGAAAAUGCAAGAUGCAUUGAUUUGGAGCACCUCUACAAGUGUGAAUGUCUCCCAUCCUACUUCGAUGCUUCACCUCCAGGAGCUACUCCAGGUGCACUCCUACCUUCUUUCAUCGAGAAACCUCUGGCUUCAGGCUCGAUGUGCGUUCUGGACUACUGUAGCGACGUCAACUUCUGUCCGACGAACACAACUUGCAAGAACAUGGAGCAGCAGGCCGAGUGCAAGUGCGACUCCGGCUUCAUGGAUAUCCGAAAAUCCGAGAAAAGGACCAUGCUGGGACUCGGUGACGACACGCUCUGCAUGCAUGUUCGCGACGUCGACGAGUGCGCUUUAGGGCUCACUAAUUGCUCUGGUUUGAUCUCUAGUUUUUUUUUUUCAUGAACUUACCGAACUUCAGGCGUUGCUCACUGCAUUGACCGAGCUGUUGGAUACACCUGCAAGUGUCCUGAUGGAUACAUCGACGGUAGGUCCCUCACCAAAGUGGAAAACGUUCGAGCUUAGAGUUCCAUCAGUUUUUGUUGAAAUGUUUUCAGGACUAUGUGAUACCAAAUCAGUCAGAAAAACUGCGCUUUUUGUCUUUAGAGAGAGUUAAAACGCCUCAAAAUUCAAAGUACACCAUUUCAUUCGGAAAAAGUUUUCGGCGCCUUUGUAGCGUCAUAAGUCUACCGAAAUGCAAAAAGGCGCUGACUUUUCAACUUAUUCAGAAAUGCAAAGCACCUUUCAGCCAAACCUCAUAAACUACAACCAAACACCUUAUGUACAACUCUUGUCAGAAGAAAACAUCCUUAAGAACUUCUCUUUCAGGAAAUCCUGACGAGCCAGGCCGAGUCUGCGGAGCGCUCCUCUGCGACUUGUGCAAUUCCCACGGAGAUUGUGUUCACAACUCAGCGACCAGCAACAUAACUUGCGUCUGUACUGAUGGCUGGAGCGGCGAGUUCUGCCAGGUUCCGACAACAAUUCUGACAAAAUCCAAUGUUUUCUUCAGGUCGCUCCAUCAAACGCUUCGUUGGUUCUUCUGAUUCUUCUGGCGCUGCUUUUCUUGCUCCUGACCCUCUGCUGUCUUCUCUACUUCUGCACCAAGUGCCACUGCUUCAGAGGACGUGGACUGGCUGGUGCUGCUCCGUUUGGUUAUAGGUAAGGCGAAUCAACAUGCUCUAAAAUUUUGACUUUUCCAAAUGUUUUUCAAAAAAGUUGAGAAAUCACAUUUAACUUCACUGAUUUCAUAAUUCGAUAUCCCUACGAAUUUCGGUAAAUCGGUGAACGUCGAUUUUCUCAAAAGUUAUUUUUUGAAUUUUCACUUCUCAAAAAAUGAAUUUAGAAGAGGAGGUGCCUGGCCUUGGUCGACGUUGGAAGGUUCUUCUUCGUCGGAAAGUGGAGCUGAAUUCUCGGCGAUGAGCGCCGGUGGACACGAGUACUACCCAGACAUCGGAAUCCCAAGAGCCAAGCUGAAGAGCGGAGCUCACGUCAUGGACACUUCUGCUAGGAGUAUGGAAGUUGCCCGCCUCGACCAGUACCUUGACGACGGUUAGACCUUCUGUGACUGGAACUUUUACUAAAGCAGUUGCAGGAGCCGUCCGAAUCCCGAGAGCUCAUCUGGCAGGAGGCGCUGGACGUGGUCACGACUCCUACGACAGCAUGUCUCAAGCUUCUUCUGAAUACACCAUCAAGGAGGAAGUAGAGAGAAAGGUAGCCAUCUGAUUGGGAUAAGAUUGACUAAAAUAUAUCUUAGGUGAUAACCGACGUGACGACCAAGGAGAUCAAGACGACGACCACGACUGACGCGGCUGGCAACACUGUUGUCACCAAGUCGGAGAUGCUCAUCAACCCUGGCGAUCGGACUAUCAUCCAUGGCUCUUCUGCCCAAAACGCCGCUUCCAGUUCUUAUGUCAGCGAUAACGCUUCUUCUGCGAGAGAAUCCCUCUUCAAGAGAGAGUCCGACUAUACCGCCUCUGGAGUCGCCAUGUCUAGGGUGAGAACUAUUUUCUCAUCCUCUAGAGAUUCCAUCAUUUUGCAGUCUGCAACCAACUCCAACUCUGGUGCUGCUUAUUCUCAAAUUCGUCAUGGAGAUGAACGGUUCGUAUUAACGUUGUAUCACUCAGUUUCUUUCUUUAGCCAAACUAAAAUUAAAAUUCAAGAAAUGAUACGCCCUGUGUAGGAUUACAUUUUUUUUUUUUUUAAAAGGAAAAGUCUCUCUUCUCAACAAUUGAGUAAUUAAAUAUCAUAAUCAUGAAAAGAAUCUUAUGUAGAGCUAGAAAAAUUUAGUUAUCUUUCAGAAUAUAUUUUAAGUGGUUUCAGUACUUCAAAACAACGGUUUGUAAAAUCGUCGACCUUUGAAGUUUUCAGAUUUCAGAUUGAUAAGCUUUGCUUUCAGAGAGCGAGGAGAAAGCGUGGCUGAAUUCUCGAUUGGAAAAGUUCGCGGAGCUGCGUUUUCGACGGCGGCCGCGUCUUCGUCGCAGCACUUCGGCGCCAGCAGCAACAGCAGCGCCGUGCACGCAGAACGCCAUGGAUCAUCGUCACAGAACCGCGAGCUCGAGGAGUACGUAUCGGUGGGGAUUUUCCAACUAACAUCCACUGAAACGGGACUUUUUGUAGGAGCAAGAGACGACCUCUUCGGAUUUGGAGGAAGAAGUGGGGGACGCCCGGACUAAAGUGACGCGCUCGCAUCAGUAUGAGCCGUUCGCGGGUGGAGAAUCUGAGAAGUUCAAGACGGAGGUGAAUAUGAACAAAAUAGAAUAAAAAAUGACAAGGAAAAAUGAAUCAUGAAGAGAAAUAAACACAGAAAUAGAAAAAAAAACCUUUUUCAAAAUGCGAAAUGAAAAUAACUGUCAGAAAGUGAAAAAAUGAAAGUAAAAUUUUGAAAAUAAGCGAAGCGCUCUGUUGUUUUCCGCGAGCUAUAUUCUGCUCAGAUUUUGGAUGUCAAUCAGCAAAGCGUUUUUAAAGCGUCUUUUUUAUUUUUUGAAAGAUUCCGGGAUUUAUUUUUUCGAAGAUGAAUUUUUUUCACAGUAGGCUUCCUCACGGAUAAGAAUUUGCAAAAAUAAGAGCUUCGAAAAAAAGUUUUUCAAGUCAUAAUAUUCAAUUUUUUUCAUUUUCAGUUUGUGACUACGAAGACGUCAACUUCAGUUUCAAAACACUAAAUUGCCAUUUUUUUCACCUUUGUUCUUUUUUUCUGCCCACGCCACUUAUUAUGCCAAAAAAAUUUGUAAUCAACAUUUUUUUAAAUCAUAUCUUUUUUUUCAAAAUCUACGUGUCCAUAAUACUUUCUACGCGGUAGGACCUGAGGUUUUGAUUUUAUUUUUGCCUAAUUUUACGCUGCCAAGCAAGCCUUCACUCUUUCCCUCGAUUCGAGUUGCUCAUUUUAGUUACAAAAUUUGUUGUCAACAUUGCCAAGACAUUAUGCGCUUAUUCUUUUAUUUUGCCUCUUGCCUUUAUAAUAUUACCCAAUGAUGUGAAACGGUGAUCAUUUACUUCGCUUACAUUUUUAUCAAAAGGUGCCUAUCAAAAUAAAUAUUUUAUUUUACGAAGUGAAAACACUGGGAAAUUUUCGAAAUUCACUUUUAAGUUGGCUUCUCGUGAAACUAUUUUUUGUAGGUGCAUUCUAUCACUAAGAAUAACUGACGAGAUAAAUGCGAGCUUGGUGGCGGUACAUUGACUAACUCGCAAAAAUGUCGCUUUUUUCUAGGCGCGAUCCAGCAUUUCUCUCGGCGCGACCUCGCAUUUUUCACGGCGCCAUCUCGCAUUUAUCUUGCAUUUCGGAAAAUUUCAAAUUGCGAGAGAAAUGCGAGCUCGCGCCUAGAAAAAUGCGAGUCCGGCGCGAGAAAAAAAGCGAGAUGUUUGCGAGCUCGUCAAUAUACCGCCAGUGUCUCGCGUUUAUCUGGGCAGUUAUUCUUAGUGUAUAUCACAUAAUGCGAUUUCUGUUCAAGAUGUUGAAAUCUAACAUCCUCCGAGCGGUCAAAACAAGAGAUAGUUAUGGCCUGACAGAAGGAAACUGCUGAACUUGACGAAAAGUAUGUUCAGAUUUUGAAUGUCAAACAGCAAACUCCGUCCACAACAACGCUCUGUGGAUGGCUCGUUCUCUGAUUGGUUUGAUCUAAGCAUAAGGGGUGGAGUUUGAGCGAUGACUUAACAUAGAAAAUUUGAACAGACUAUAAAACGCUCAAGUCAAAUCAAGUGGAAGGACAAUGAACUUUUUUGGACUACUGUAGCUUUCUGGCGGUAUACACACAACGUUUAUGCCGUGUUCAAAGUAAUUUCCGCGAAAUUCAAAAUAGCUGUCAGAGAAAGGAAAAGAUCACUAAAUUUUGGAGAGUCAGAGAUCAUUUUGCAUUUCGCGGAAAUUACUUUGAACACGGCAUUAGUUCGCACAAAAAACGUUGUAAAUGACGUAAAUUUAUUAUUUCAUACUGAAGGAGCGGCGGCGGAAGUUUAAACAACCUAGGGUAACCUAAACGUUUGGGAAACGGUGAAGAUAGUGCUGAGGUUCGUUGAUUUUUUUGCUCGAAGCUACCAGUUCAAAGUUUAAAAAAAAACUAUUUUCUAAAUAAAACUGUAAUUAUAAAGGUACCAGCCCAGCAAUAGGAGAACCUUCGAUCACGCCCCCGCGUGGGCGAAGGUUCCUCAGUUGGUGGGUUGAGCUGGUCCCGCGUGUCCCCUCUCUCUUUCCUCGACUCCUGCCUGCCUGUAAUUCCAUGUGUCAUACAGCUGAAAUCCCAGACAGGAAGGUCCAAUACGCCAACCUUUAGAAUUGUAUCUAGAGGAAGUCUUUAGACUCUAAAGGCGGUCGCCAUAGCAAUUUUAGAAAAUUCUUGGAAGAAGUUUUUGAGUAUUUAUUCUGAUUUAGGAAUGUUUUUCAUACUUGAAACAGAAAUAUACAUCUUACAGUGAUGCUUCGAGUUAUCGCGAAAUUCUACAGAGGGUUCUCGAGUACCGCGUCUCAAAAAAAAAUUAA